CAUAAGUGGUAUUUUUGGGAAUACAAGUACUUGUCUAGUAAUUAAAAGAAACAGACAUAUGCAUACGACAACAAAUCUAUAUUUGGUAAAUCUUGCCUUUGCUGACCUUCUAAUAGUAAUUCUAGAAAGUUACAGUCAAUCCUCAUAGAGAUUAUUACUACAAAGAAUCAGUGAUCUCCCAUCAAGUAGAAAAUCAGUAAACUGACGACUUCAAUGAAUAUAUCAAUUUACGUGUGUUUACGUCUGACCAAUCAUCGAGUUGAAAAUCGUUAUUGAAAUAUGUGAAUAAAAGUUCCCGGGGUAAACUAGAACGGAUAUAUACAUUUUUGUUAAAUAUGCUAUAAUGCCUCAAAUUAUAGGUUCUGAACAUGGUAGAUCGUUUCCCUUUCGAAGGAAAUUUAACUCGACUUUUAAGGAAUGUGUCAGACAAAAUUAGUACCACAUCUAGUGAAUUUCAAAACUCUUACAAUAAUAGUCAAAAAAUUACCGAAAAUUGGAAUUCAUAUGGAAAUAAUUCUACUGGAAUAAAUGUAAACUUAGUAGAAAAUUAUACCUCUUUGAAUGUUCAAGAUUACUUAGGACCACAAAGGAAUAAGUUUUAUAUUGUGAUUUGUUUAACUAUUAUUUAUACAACUAUUUUUGUGACUGGAUUAAUGGGGAACUUAUUUACGUGUAUUGUUAUACUUAAGAAUUUCUAUAUGAGAACAGUGACCAAUUAUUAUCUCGCGUCUCUGGCUCUAGCCGAUUUACUUACCCUGACUUUUGCAUUGCCUCCCGAAGUUUACAAUAUUUGGGAAUCGUAUCCAUGGAGAUUUGGAGAGCCUUUCUGUAUCUUUAAAGCCUUCCUUUUGGAAUCAACUUCUUACGCAUCUGUGUUGACAAUUACAGGUUUUACGAUAGAGAGGUACAUUGCUAUCUGUCACCCUAUAGUAGGACAAAGAGUAUCAAGACAAUCUCGAGCAAUAAAAUGUAUAAUUGUGAUCUGGAUUAUAUCCGGAAUAGUUGCCUUACCAUAUCCUAUCCACACAAGAACGUUUUACUAUUUGAACGAUCCACGAACAUCGUUACCAUUGGAAGAUACACUCGUGUGCAAUAUUCCAAUAAAAUGGCAUGAACGAAUGAUAAUAAUGUUUCAAGUUUCUACAUUUGCUUUUUUCUUUUUACCAAUGACUGUGAUUACUGUUAUGUACAUUUUGAUAGGUAUAAGACUUAGAAAUACUGAAAUAGGUUCAUCCAAUGGGAUUCUUACUUCUAGUGCAAAGAACACGACAACACGUGCACGGAAGGCUGUUUUAAAAAUGCUUGUUGCAGUUGUAGUGGCGUUUUUCCUAUGUUGGGCACCUUUCCAUGCACAACGUUUGAUGACGUUGUACACAAAAAAUUGGACUCCUGAAACUAUGGAAUUCCAUAGCCAUUUAUUCUAUAUAUCAGGUGUAUUGUAUUUCGUCAGCUCUACAGUCAAUCCUAUUCUGUAUAAUCUGUUAUCAAGAAAGUUCAGAUAUGCCUUUAAAAGAACGUUUUGUAGAUGUUGCAUAGACCUUGAUAAAUUUCCAACUUUUUAUAAAUUAAAAGCAAUAUUCAGAAGUAAAAAUGAUCCGGGGACUACGACACCUAGUGGGAUGCGAUAUAUGUUUCCACAGAAACCAGUUAGGAUGAACACAGUUUACGGUCCAAAGAAUUGCACUUCAUCACAACAGCGACUUCUUCCAAAUAAUAAUGUGUCAACAAGAGAUUCAUUGCUGAAAAUAUCGAACGGUUCAGGAUCAUCUUCCGACAGUGGUUCGCAUGCGCACUCGGAUGGACGCCUACAUUAUUUGUGUCGUCAUAAAAGUUGUUCAAGUAAUAAGACGCGCCCAAGCAUUGAAGGUCAAAUGUUUUAUAAGCAAAAUAAUAACGCUUCUUGUCAGGAUAUAGAUAAACUAAGAAAAUUAAGUAACGUGAAUAAAAAUCCGCUGACGACAUUUAACUCGGUUGCUGUGGUGGCAGACGACAUCAGAUUGAACAGUAAUUGUUUUUGAGGAAGCAAUGCUCAAAUUUAAAAAAUCAUUAAUAUGUGAUAUAUAA